UGAAAAAAAAAAUAAUAGAAAAUACUGACGACGACAAUUGGAGGAAAAAAGUGCAUAGUUUUUAAUGAUUUUAAACGAAAAACAAUAAAAAAAAAUCCGAUAAAAUUUUAUUUUGAUAUUAGAACAAGCAUAAUUAUAACAAAUACACACAACUGUGUAAACAAAAUACGUGGUGCUUCAAAAUUCUUAAAAAUUUUGAAGGUGAAGAACGCAAAAAAAACGGAAAAACAAAACAAUAUAGGGCAAAUUGUUAGAACCAAUAAAAAAUCUAGAUAAAAAGUAAAAAAUGUCCGGAGCCUGUGAUGACGAUAAAAAAGAAGCUCAACAACAUGAAAUUGCAGCUUCAAGUAUACGUUCCGGUUUGGCUGAAUUGGAGCUAAAAACCUCACAAGUUUUACAACGUUUGGAAAAUGUUAAAACAGCCCCACCACCAACACCCACUGAUGCGCCACAACAGCAAUCGAUUGACUUCAAUGCUAAUACGUCAGAUGUUACAGACAAAUCUGAAGAUUUGUCAUCAUCGUUGGCCUCGAAUUCGGUGAGUGUGGUGGCACUUUUACAUGGCAGCCGCAAACCUCCUUCAGAAAUUUUAAAAUCAUUGGAACAACUUAUUUCCUAUGCCGAUUCUGAGGAUGAACCCGAAUUUCCCUUACCCGCAUUAGAUGAUGUCUCACACUUGGCUUUAAUCUCUCACAGUAUAGUGGCUUAUCUCUCGCACUUGGAUCGUAAACAGUUGGUGAGGGUAACUGGUAAUAUAGCUGGCGAUACCACCCACUGGUUGGGCACUCUCUUUAGAUUUAUGGAUCCAGCUAGUAGUUUUCAUAAUGACAAUGCUGAUGCCAUUUUACGUGUAGUACGUUUGGCAAUAGUGGCCCGUUGUCCGGGCUAUUUAGAGGGCGGUAUACCAGCUUUAGCUCAUCCCUGUUUAUAUAUAUCGGAGAAUACCACACCUAUGCGUUUGCAAUAUGCUUGUCGCCAGUUGGGUAUACCUUUGGAUGCAAUACGUUUGAUACCAGCCAAUAGCACAUUUGGUACUAUGGAUUUAUCUCUGCUGCAGAGGCAAAUACAAAUUGAUUUGGCUUCUCAAAGAACUCCUCUAUUGGUGGUAGCUGAUAUAGGUGCUUCUUUGUGCGGCUAUGUAGAUAAUUUACUAAGAAUGCAUGACAUUUGUAAAACGCACAAUUUAUGGCUGCAUGCCACUGGUCAUGGUUUAGCGGCUCUCGUUUGUUCUCAAGGACCAGGAGUGAUAAGUUCUUAUGUGGAUUCUAUAGUUUUAAGUUUGGGCAGUUGGUUGGGUGUACCUAGUCUGCCUAUUGUGCUACUUCAUCGUCAACUUCAAAAUGCUGCCUUGAAUUCUUUUGAAUCUGAUCCCAUAUUAUCGCGUCGUCUUAAUGCUUUAUCUUUGUGGACAAGUUUACAAGCUUUAGGUCGCGACUCCAUUUCUGAGCGUAUACAUGUUGCUUUUCAAACUUGCAGUAUUUUGUUUGAAAUUGCAUCUGAAUGUGAGGGUAUUAAAGUUGUGAGUCGAGCUCCCGGUGCUCAAUCUGGCAAAUCAUUGGUAGAUGUCAUAAAUAAACCUCUCGAUGUUAAUUUACUUUUUGAAACAGCUGCUUCGGUAGUUGUAUUUCAAUUUGAUGGCAGUACAACUUUAAAUACUUCUACUACAGGCGAUGAUACCAGUUCGUUGGAAGGUGUUAAGUCAUUAGAAAAACUUCACAAUGCUUCAUAUUUUGAUCGUUUAAAUUCUUGGCUAGGACAAAUUUUACAACGCGAUUGUCCCAAUUUUGAUUUCGAAAUCAUAGAACAUGCUGUACAUGGCACUUGCAUACGCUAUUGUCCACUCGAACUAAGUCUGGGCGAACAGCCACCUACUGCAGAAAAUUUAGAGAAUUUUGCCCAAAGUUUAGAGACUCAUGUGGAUAUUUUACGUGCUACCAUUAAACAUAAAGCCACAUUCAUGCAUUUGGUAGAGAAAAGUGAUGUUUUGCGUUUGGUUAAUUUACCCGAAUGGGCUGGCAUGGGUGGUGUACGUUUUGUGCCCGAAGGCUGGGAAACCCUACUAACCGAUCAGGCUAAAACUGAACUUAAUAAAUUAAAUGUCGAUUUGGUGGAAACUUUAAAAGCCACCGAUAAUGCUUUCUCGCUGGGCGAGGGACCAGAUGGUUUAAUUUGUGUACGCUUUGGUAUGGUAACACAUGAAACGGAUGUGGAAGAGUUAUUAGAUUUAGUAGUUUCUGUUGGCAAGAAUGUUCAGGAGAAUUCAAGAGUUUUGGAUACCAUGUCCGAAAUUGUUAAGAGGGGCAUUCAAGCGGCUACUGCUGAUUUGCAACGUGAAACCGAGGAAAGACUUUGGCAAGAGGGUAUUUUACGUCAUGUUCCCGUUGUGGGCAGAGUUUUCAAUUGGUGGUCUCCCCCAGCCAAAGAGGCGGGCAUCAAGGGUAGAAGUUUAAAUUUAACACAGGGUGUAGUUGAAUCUACAGAGAAUAUUUACAAAUACCACAUGCAAAUGGGUGGAACUCAUGGUCAAUUACCCGCUAAUAAAUCACCACCCACACCUAUGGUCCAAACACCCAUUAUAACAGCAGCCAAUGAAAUACCGCCGGUAUUUCCCAACAGCAAUAACCAACAGACAACAACCAAUUCUCCGGCAACUGCAAAUGAAGCAAUAAAAGACGUAAAUACAGCAAAUGCUGCUGCUAAUGUUGUCACAACUACAGAAAUAAAUACAACACCAAAUGGACCAGCCAACGGUUCGGCCGCAAUGGAUGGACACAAUCGUACAGUUAGCCAAAGUAGUGGUGCUUCGGCACCCGAAUUAGUGGCAAUAAAUAAUAGUGCAAUUAUUAGUGAUAAAACUGAAAAUCCCAAUAUAAAUUUAACUGCAAAUACCGCUGCUAAAAUCAGCAGUUCAUAAAGCAUAGAAAAUGUUUUUUUCAUUUAAAUAAUACUUUUGAACUCUUAGCUUUUGGUCCUGCUAUUUAUAUUCUCAGUUCCUUUUUAUUUUACUUUCUUUUUUCCCCUUUAACUUAUAAAUUUUCUACUAAAUUAUGAACUUUGCAAAGACAUUAAUACAAGAAUGUAAUGGUUGUUUUUGUUUUUGCUUUUUUUUUAAUUUUGAAAAUUUCUUAAUUAGCAAGAAAUUAAGUUGAAACUUAUUAAUCAAGAUUUUUUUGUUGAUUUUCUUAUUUAUAAUUAAACUUUUCCAAAUAUUAAUUAAAUAUUAAAGUAAAAAAGAAACACGUUAGAAAUUUUCAUAAAUAUUAAACCACUAUUAAAGAAAUAAACAUUUUAUAACAUUAAACAAUUUAAUAAAAUAUUUAUAUAAAAGAAAAAAUUAUAAUUAAUAUUAAUAAUUACUUACACACAUGUAUUAUGAUUAGAAAGUUUUUUCGCGCUUUCUUUAAAAAACGUUCCAUUUAUAUGUAUGAAAACAAAAUAUGUUAAUCUUAAAGAUUAAUUGCAAAAAAUAUAAAAA